AUGGUGAUGCCAGUAGCCGUCUGCCUGAUGUUGUUGCAUGUACUUUCGUUUCUUAUCAGACUCGGCGGGCAUCGUGUCCUUGCUUUUUGUGCUGAUACCCCUAGGCACGAUGCCGCACAAAGAAGCAUCGGCAUAGACCCAGCGGGCGUAUCGCAACCGCUCGUCACAUCUCCCACGCAUGCUGGAGCCAGUGCCAUGGGCAAGUCUUGUUCCAUGUGCGGGCAUGGAGCUCUUCUCGUUUGUGCUGAGACUGCCAUCGCAUUUCGCGACAAAUGCGGUCUCUUGUUGAUCGACCUAGGCCUUGUCUUGGAAACCUAUACACGGGAAGCAUCUUCGCUAUCAGCUGCGUCGGUACCCCUGCAUGAUUACGUGCUUCAAACAGCUGACAAGGGAGAUUGCAUGCAGGCGUACAAAAGCCGCUUGUCUUUCGCUGAAGAGCAAGCCCUGAGGGGCCUCCAUCGCGACUCUCCAGCAGCUUCUAGCCCUCUGGAGAGCUCCUACAAGUUGGCACGAAUAGUGAGUGGUAAGCCAUCCGAGGCCCGUCUGCCAUGUGGUAUUCAGCCUGUGCAUCCCAUCCCGCCUAUGGAUCUUGUUUCUGACCCGUCACGAUCGUACAGGGCACCACUUCUACCCCUCCUCACCCCCGGCCUCUCAGCACGCCAAAGAGACGCCCCUCCCCUUGUCGCCUCUCUCGAACUGCAGGGCUUUGGCGGACGCUGGUUGGGGGAGCCGGAAUCAGGGAGUGGCACUCCUGCACAACACCAUCUGCUCAAAGCCCCAAUGAGGAACGUUUCCAGGUAUCUGGAUGCCCGCCGCUGGUGGAUUAACCUUGCGAGGUAG